AUGUCAAACCUGGCGCUCAAGAUAUACUUGGCCGACAGCGACAUCACCAAAACAUGCCAGUACACAAGUGACAUGUAUGUGCAAGACAUUAUCCAAGAUAUCCGAGAAAAGCACAGUUAUGGCGAGGGCGGUUUAGACUUUGGACUGUUUAUACGAGAGCAAAACCUAUGGCUUGCUUCCAACAAGCUACUCGACCACUAUGAUCUUAGAACAGGAGAUGUGCUUGAAUUCCGUAAACGUCAUCGUGUUCUCAAAGUUAAAAUGCUGGAUGAUUCUAUGAAAGCAAUUCUAGUUGACGAAAGCCAGCCUGUUAGAGUCGUUGUUGCCGCUGUUUGUGAGCGCAUUGGAAUAUCAAAUGACGAUGAGUAUUCCUUAGCAUCAGACAAGACUCUAACCUUGAACAAAAAGGGAGACAAGAAAGCAAAGCAAAAAGAAGCUGUAUAUACAGAAGGACCCGCAUGGUUAAAUCCCGACAAAACCCUUCGUGAGCAAGGCCUUACUGAAAGCGAUGCAGUCAUUCUCAAAAAGAAAUUCUUUUUUACUGAUCAAAAUGUGGAUCGCUCAGAUCCAGUUCAAAUGAUGUUGAUGUACAACCAAUCUCACGAAAUGAUCGUGUCAGGAAAGCAACCCUGCACCGGUGUUGAAUCAGCUCAACUUGGUGCUAUUCAGCUACAGAUUCAGUAUGGAAAUCACGAGCCAGAUAAACAUAAGCCAGGAUUUGUCAAGGUUAAGGACUACAUUCCACCAGAGUACCACAAAAACAAGGAUAUUGAAAAAAGAAUGUACAAUGAGCAUAGCAAGCUUCACGGCAUGAGUGAGCUAAAUGCAAAAUUUCGGUAUGUGCAAAUGUGUCGUUCGCUUAAAACUUAUGGCACCACAUUUUUUGUUGUCAAAGAGCCUGCAGCAAAAAGAAAAAAGGCUACAACCAUGCUAUUGGGUGUCACCAAGCAAAGCAUUUUGCGUGUAGAUUUGGAAACCAAAGAAAUAGUGCAAGAAUGGAAAUUGACCCAAAUCAGAAGAUGGGCUGCAACUGCUAAAACGUUUACACUGGAUUUCGGAGAUCAUUCAGAAAACUACUACAGCGUCGAAUCUACCGAGGGUGAUCAGAUAUCCCGUCUCAUUUCUGGAUACAUUGAUAUUAUUGUCAAGAAACGUAACCAAAAAUCUCGCACUGUAGAAGAAGCUCGCGUUGAGGAACAGGCAGUGAUUGAAGACUAUGUUCGUCCUGGACGUGCCAACAAUGUAGAAGUGGUUGCAACAGCUGGUGGAGCCCGUCGUGCCAAAGAGUCGCAUACUGGCGGAGCAAUGUUUGUUGAUGAUGAGCAAUCUUCAAACUACCAAAAAACCAAUCGACAUCAAAACAGUGUACCUCAAGGAGAGAUUGCUCAAAAUUUGGAUAUCGUUGAAUUUCAACAAGCCAUUAUUCAAACCAUCAACAAUGGUUUGGCAGUUGCAGCAGCAGCAUACACAGACUUGUCUGUACCCACUCAUCUUCCUUCCAUGACCAACGAUCCAGCUACUGUAAAAUGGCGACAAGAAACGUGCGAUAUUACCAGUGAGGCGGUAGCCUCCAACAUUGCAGCCAGUCUUGCUGCAGUUGGAACUUUGAUUAUUCACGCAACGGGUAAUGUUGAUGAUAUGGACUACAACACGAUUGGAUCAAAGCUUUUUACUGUAAUUUCUGCCAUCAGCCAAAUUACUCAAGGCAUGAAAAUGCUUUCUGGAUUACAAGUUACUGAAAACGAUCAGGAGCGACUUCUUAGAGCAGCCAAAAUGCUUACUGAAACCAUUUCAAAAGUGCUUAGAGAUCUUUUACCCAUUAUUUCAGGAAGUUUGGUUAUGGAUGAUUUUUAUGGUGCUACCAAAAAUCUUGCAGGCGCAUCAUCAAACGUUCUUCUUACUAUCGAUCAUCUGGAUGUCACAUAUGAACAGCAGCAAAUGCUAUAUCAAGCAGCAGAAAGUAUUGCAAAUGCCGUGGCUGCCGCUGUAGAUCGAACCAAAAGUAUGGCAACAACGAUCCGUGAGCCUGAGACGCAGCAAAUGUGCCUAUCAGAUUCUAUUUUAUGUUCUGAAAUAUCUUCCAUGUUGACUGCUGUCACGGUUGCACUUGCCCCAACAGUUCAUACCCCACUUUGUCGAGAACUUCUUGUGGAAGGCUGCACUCUGAUGCGCGACAGUGCUCUUGCUCUUGUAUCGUAUUCUGAUCAAGCUACUAAUCCAAAAAUUAUUGUUCAACUACAAGAUGCAGUGGACUUGGUUGAAAAAGCAAUUUCAGAUCUUCUUGCGUGUGCCAGGUUUUCAGAUAUGACACUAGAUAGCGAAAUCGAAGGAUAUUAUGAUGAAAUUGCUGUUUCAUUGGAUCAGCUGAUUCAAAGUUUGGACAAUUCUGACAAUAUGAUUGCUCAUACAAAACAGAUCACCAUAAGUGCCACACGACUUGCCGAGGUUUUAAAACUAAAGGCAGAUACACUUGAAACCACGCAAGAGCAAAACUUGCUAAUUGACGAUGCGCGUAUGAUUUCUGAGCUUAUUGCCAGAUUAGUGGAAGAUGUCAAGGGAUUUGUCAAGAGUCCCAAUUCACCUGAAGUAGAUCAGUCUCUUGAGAGAACUGUGUUAGAUUUUAAGGAUUUGGUAGAUCGUGUCUGUGGAUCAUUCAUCAAGGCAAGUCUUACACAUAGGCUUGUUCAGUCACUUCGAAGCACCAUGGCAUCUUCAAACCAAUUGAUGUCAUCGUCUCGCAACUGCGCUUCAUUCAAUCGUGAUCAGGGCUCGCAAAUCCAUCUUCACCGUGCUAUCAAAAAGGUGGUUGAUUGCAUGCCUAAAGUAGUUCGGGCUAUUAAAGGCAGUACCGCCAAACCCAAUGAUUAUGUUGCGUGUGUCAGUUUGACCCAAGCCUCCAGAUCAAUGUUGGAUCCAGGAAUGCUUAUGGUGGAUUGUGCACGUACAGCUGCAUUGACGACGGUUGAUUCGGAUGCUCAGCAUCUUUUAUUGACUGCUACUCAACAGCUUGUUGAUGAGCUGCAAAACAUGUGCAAAAUUUUAGAUAUAUACGAACAAAUUUGUGCAGCAGAGGAGCUUGUUGGCGCAGAAAUAUCUUUAAAAACCACCCUAUUUGAUAUUUCAAAGGCACGUUCUGAAACAGCUCAACCAUUUAUAUCAAAUCCUGUUUCUUCUGAAGAAUUAAUGAAUGCAGAAACGUCGCUUGCUCAACUAAGCAAAGAUAUUCAACAGUCUCUCAAACGUAUUCAAGCUGCUGUCAUUGCAGGCGACGAACGUGCUACUGGUACUGCCAUUACGGAGGUCAUUGCAGGUCUACAAUCGCUCUCAGUAUCCAGUAUCACCAUUUCAUCAAGCGUUUCAGAAGUGGACCAAAGGCACCAACUUCUUGAUUCGACUGCAUUGGUUUGUGAAUCUGUUUCGCGAUUGAUUCAGGCUGCUAAACAUACUUUGGCAAACCAAACCGGUCAAGACAAUGAAGAUUUUGAUAAAGCUAUUAAAGAGACUCGGAGUGCUAUUGCUGGCACUUUGGACUGUCUUCCUGGACAGCGUGCGUUGGUACUUGCAUUGGGUAAACUCAAAGACAUUACCACAGAUAUGGAAAUCUCGCGAAUGGUCAAUGCUGCAGAUCCAAGUGCUGUAGUAACCAAUGCUGCUCAAGAGCAAUUGCAAACCAAAUUGGUUGACGCAGCCAUUGGUCUUGCUGCUGCUACAAAUACUUUGGUAGUCGCAUCACGCGGCGAUCCAGUCAGUUUACAGCGUGGAGUAGAAAAGAUAGAGGUGGCUUUUGGAAACUUGGCACAGGCUUCUGUUGUUUUGGCCAGUAUUCAAUCCAAUCAAGCAGAAGGCAAUAGGGAAAAGAGUGAAGAUAUCACUGGACUGGUACGCGCAGUUGGACUAGAGUGUAACCAAUUUCUUAACUCGCUUAAAGGAUGCACACUAGAGCCAGAUGACACGGGGUUGACUGGUUUACUGCUUACCGCAGCAAAAUCAGUUGGAUCAACCGUGGAUGAUUUGCUUGGAAAGCUCGAAGUAUCGGUGCCAGGAUACGAUCAGUGCGCUCGUGUAAUGCAGAGCAUUGGUGAAACCACUGUACUGUUAAAUGAAACCAACACUCUGGCGAAUGCUCAGGGUACAUACUCUGAGACUGUCCAAAACAUGACUACUGCAGAGACUACACUGACGGAUAUUUUGAAUACAAUGACUGCUCACGCGAGUGCUCAAAAUGGUAUCAAAGUGGCCGAUACACUUGUCAAGCUUGCUGAAACUGUUGGAAAAUAUACAAAACAGACUGUUCACGCGGCUCAGUUGAUUGCUCUUUCUGAUCCAAUGUCUGAAGCUCCUAUUUCUUCUACAAUUGAUCGCAAGAUGUUGCUAGCUGCUGGCCAAGAGCUUUCGGAUGCAUGCAAGAAACUUGUAAACCAAGAUAACAGUCAGAGCGAAAUCCUUAAAUGUGCAUCGAUCAUAUCCAAGCAAACCACGGCAAUUGUAAAUCUAUGCAAACUCGCAUCUCAGGAUCCCAAGCUCACAUUGGAAGCACGUCAAGAAUUUGAAACGUAUUCCAAGAAAACAGUCGCCAAAACAGUGCAACUUGUAGGCGCCAUUAAACGACUUGCUGUUGAGAAUAACGAAAGUUCUCGUGUGCUAUGCGAGGAAACUAGUAAACAACUUACAAUUCAUGUUGAUGAGAUUGUUGCAGUGACUAGCUCACCAGAGUAUGCCGGCGCACCUGCAAAAAUCAGUGAGCAAGCAAUCCAGAUUCAGCGUCCUGUGCUUGACAAUGCACAUAUGUUGCUGGCUGAGCUCCAGGAUAUCACCUUGCUUUCCCAAAACUUUUGUGCAAACCCUGAUAGUGAUGACUUGCGUUUGAUGUUGAUUGAAGAAACAAAGACAGUUUCCAAGAUUGUUGGAAAUAUGUUGAACAGUGUCAAGGAUGCUGGUCCAGGUCAAAAAGCCUGUCAAGAAGCCACUGAUCGUAUUAACGAAACAAUAGUGUCGAUUGAUACAGCCAUAACCCAGGCAGUUUCUGGAGGUCUUGUUCAGGAGCUGACUGCUGUAAACAAAUCAGUUGAUAAACACGCACUUCGGGAUCAUCUACAAGCACUGUCUAAUCUUGCCGAAGUUGUGGCUUGUGCUACACGUGGUGAUAUGAUCCAGCUUACAUCGGCAAUUGAAGAAAUGCCUAUGACUCUGAACAAAACUGCCAAUUUGGUCUUGACAUAUGGUGCCACGACUGACAUGAAGUCUCAUCAGCGAGAACUACUUGAAUCUACAAAGGCACUUUCAGAUGCACUUUCAUCUUAUAUUACAGUAGUCAAAACAGAUUGUGCUGAUCCCAACGAGUUUGGUAUUUUUCAAAUUGAGGCAGAAAAAAUGGCACUCAAGUCUGCUAUUGCCACUGUCGUUGGGCUUGUUGAUGGACCAAGCGAUCCAUACACUUUACAGAUUUCGCGUGCAAGUGAAAAGGUAGAAGAGCUACUUGUAGGCCUCGACAAUAGAAUCAAACACAGCUCCAAGAAUGAAAACAGUGAGGCCAUUUUAACCGAACGGCCAUACCAAGUGGUUGUCUUGGAGAUCAAGCAAUCUGGAAAAAAGAUUAUUGGUGCUGUUGGACAUAUACUUUCCAAACAGUGCAAAAUGGAAGAUCUUUCUUCUGCUGCCGAAAAAAUAUCUGCUAUAUAUGAGGAGCUUACAUUGAAUACUUCUGCUGCUAUUGAUGCUUGUAAUGACGAUGAUCUUAAAAAACAGCUUCUUCACUUCACUCGCGAAGUUGGUGGAUCCACACUUAAAGUCAUUGAUGUGCUGCGUCAGGGUACUGGAAAGGAGUCUCUUGAUCCUGCUACACGACUGAAACUUAACCAAGCAGUGCGUACCAUGUAUAGCAAACUUGAUGAGCUCAACUCUGCUGCAGAUGAAGGUUCAAAAGGACUUUUGGCAUGUCAAGCAGCUAAUACUCAUUUGGAUGAUAUGAUUUCUGAGCUUGAAACCACCACUAUUUUUGCUCAAGCCAAACAACUGGACUCGGUUGAUACCACAGACAAUUUCUCCUUGUACAAGGAUCAGCUGCUGCUUUCUGUUGAAAAGCUUACCGAUUUGAUUGAUGGAUUUUCCAAGUGUAACAAGUUGACACAGGAUGAGCUUGCUUUAAUGCUGAAUGAAUCCGUGUCUGUUAUGAGCGUGUUCAAGGAAAAUGUACAAAAGGCAACAGCGUCCAUAACAUCCAACGACAGUAAUUCUCAGAUGCAGCUGCUGGCUCUCAGUAAAGAUAUUCUUACGUCAAUGCAAGAAUUGGUCAAGUCGUCUGGCAAAGCAACAGGUACAAAUGAUAUCAGCGCGUAUAUGGACAGCGUAAAACAAGCUAUUGCAGUGCAGCAAGUUGCUUCUAAAGCAUUUAAAGACUAUGUGACUGUGAUUAGCGAUGAUUCUCAACGUGCCAGUCGUACUGCUGAUAAUGUAAUUGAGGAAAUUAAUAGUGCUUGUCAGAUCAUGAACGAUAAGGAUGCACCAGCACUUGGCACAGCUCUUCCCGAGGAAAUCAUAUCUUUUGCGCGUACUCUUACUGGAACCGCAGCUGCCAUCAUUGGAGCUGCAACAAUUUCUAGCAAACAAGAAACUUUGGCACCUUUGAUGGGCAAUCUUGGUAAGGUUAUAAACGAGCUAGCAAGAGCUGGCAAAGCUGCUACCGAUCGAGCACCUGAAGAAAACAAAAUUGAAAUUGCAAAGGCAAUUACUCAUGCUGGAAACACUUGUAAAGAUCUUAUAGUGUGUGUCAAGACCAUUCAUGCUGGAAGCACCGCAGAUGCAAAAAUGCAACUGCAAACCAGUGCCAAGAAUGUGACUACUGCCGUGACAGAGGUAGUUUCUGCUGCGGGAAAACUCAUGCCAGGCGGAUAUGUUGAUCCAAACGAUCCCAACGUUAUUGCAGAACGCAAAUUAUUGUCUGCAGCCAUUGCAAUUGAACAGGCCGCUAAACGGCUUGCCGAGUUUAAACCUGCUGAAGGUCCUCGCAAGGCAAAUGAUGAACUCAAGUUUGAUGAGCAGAUAUUUGAAGCAGCAAAAGCGAUUGCUGCUGCCACAUCAGCAUUGAUAAGAUCUGCCACAGGAGCUCAGCGCGAAAUUAUAGCAAAGGGUCGGGCAGGAAAGACUGAUGCCAUGUAUCAUUCAGAUGGCACGUGGAAUGAUGGACUUGUUUCAGCUGCCAAGCAAGUCGCUGCAUCCACUAGUGAACUUUGCGAAGCUGCAAACGAGGUAGUCAAGGGAUCGGCACAGCAUGAUCGAGUGAUUGUAUGCGCUAGAAACGUUUCUUCAUUUACUGUGCAACUUCUUACUGCAGCAGCAGUACGAUCUGAUUCCAGUUCGCAAACGCAGAUUCGUUUGCGGGCAGCAGGCAAGGCAGUGACAGAUGCUACUGAACAACUUGUCGAGGCAGCAAAAGGCAAUAAUACGAUUCAAGACAAUGAUAUGUCUGCAGUAGAUGCCGAAUUGUUUAUUUCGCCAACAAAAUCCAAAGUACUUGAAAUGGAGGCACAGAUGAAUAUUUUGCGUAUGGAGAAAGAACUUGAACGUGCUCGUGUCGGACUAGCGGCUGUGCGUAAAGGAAGGUAUGCUGCAGUUUUACCCUCAAACACAACACCACAAGAUGGAUCAAAUACACUAUCCUCAGCUGGGCAAACUAGAUCGCUGAAUGCUUUAUCUAUAACCCCACGAAAUGCCGCUGGAGGAGUGAAAGCAGGAAAAGGCAAUACUGAUCGAUCUUUGGCUUCACCCCGACCUAGUGUACAUGUACAACCACCAUCCAAUUUAAAACCAUUGGCCACGUCUAAACAUCAUGAACAGAUUGAAUCGGACAAGCAGUAG